GCAACAAAUGUUAGUCGUUAUCCGACCACCAAAGUGAAACGUUUAAUAGUUUAGUGUGUCGCUAUAAUAGAAAAUUAAAAGCUAUAUUAAUUGCUCAACAAUGGCUUUGAAAUAUUUAGUGUUUGCUAUACUUGUUCUAUUCGCCUGGAGUGAUUUCACCUCGGCGCGUGUAUCGGAGGUCUUAAAAGUGCAAUUACCACACGGUGGGGUGCUGGUGGGCCGUCAUUGGACCUCACAUAAAGGGCGGAAUGUACGCGCAUUUAUGGGCGUGCCAUAUGCCCUGCCGCCUGUGGGCAAUUUGAGGUUUAAACCACCAGUACCGUAUGGUUCUUGGUCUGGCGAGCGUCUAGCGAUAAAAGAUGCACCGCCAUGCAUACAGCGCGAUCCACUUACACGCCAAACAGAAAUCGUCGGCAGCGAAGACUGCCUUUAUCUCAAUGUCUAUACGCCAGAGAAACCGCGAUCAUCGAAACCCUUACCGGUUAUGGUUAAUAUUCAUGGUGGUGGUUUUAUUAGCGGUACAGGCAUGUGCAAAUUGUAUGCACCAGAUUAUUUACUAGAUCACGAUAUAAUAUUGGUAUCCGGCAACUAUCGUUUGGGUCCACUCGGUUUCCUAAGCACCGAGACUUUGGAUUGCCCUGGCAAUUUCGGUUUAAAAGAUCAGACGGAGAUUUUACAUUGGAUACACAAUAAUAUUGCCGCUUUCGGUGGUGAUCCGAAUAGUGUAACGAUUUUCGGCGUUAGUGCAGGUGGCGCUAGUGUGACAUAUCAUUUAUUAACGAAGCAGUCGGAAGGACUCUUCCACAAAGCUAUAGCUCAGUCUGGUACGUACUACAAUCCCUGGGCACAGCCAGAACAUAAAGGUGUACCGGCAAAACGUGCACGGAAGGUUGCACAAUUGGUUGGCUGUAAUCCUCAGGAGAAAUGGCAAGCCAUACUGCGCUGCUUACGCAACAAAGAAGCCAGCGAUAUCGUUGCUACACUCUAUGAGUUUUUCGAAUGGGACUUUGACCCCGUAGUACCAUUUCAACCCGUUGUUGAGCCUCCACAUGAGGGUGCAUUCCUUACAGUUCUACCUCGUGAUGUCGCUGUACCAUAUGGUUUCUCCUUACCGCUUAUGAUUGGUGUCACCUCGGAAGAGGGUUUAAUGAAAACUUCACCCUUACUCACUAUACCAGGUCUCUUAACUGAUUAUAAGAACCAAAUUCAAAAGAUUCUACCAAUUGAACUGCAAUACGACCAUCAUGCACCGGAAGUACAAGAGGAGAUCACACGUCAAAUAGAGCAGUUUUACUACAAAGAAGGACAUAACUAUGACAAAAACAAUUAUCAAAAUUUGACAGCCCUUUUAUCAGACGCUUGGUUUGUAGCCGGUGUCGACGAGUACAUUAAACAGCGUGUAGAUGCUCAGAGCUCAAAACAGUUACCGCCCUCUUAUGCAUAUAUCUUCGAACAACGUAGCCCCUCUAGUUUAUCCGAACUUUUCGGAGAAAGUGACGAAUUUUUCGGUGUCUCUCAUGCUGAGGAACUACAAUAUCUCUUUCCAUUUGGUUUUAAUCUCUUCGUAAGCUCAUCACCCACCGAGAACGACAUUAAAUUGCGUGAGGCCUUACUGCAAAUGUGGGUUAACUUCGCUAGAGAGGGUAAUCCCACGCCUGCUAAUUCCAAUUUAACACCCUGGAAACCCAUCACGGGUUAUCCUGUUAAUUAUGCACGUUUGGGCCACAAGAUACCCGAAGAAUUUACUGUACUACAAAUGCAACAUAAUAUGUAUGGCGAUCGUAUGAAUUUCUGGCGACAACUCAAAGCGCACAUUCCAGCCGAACAACGGAAGCGACAAUUACGAGACGAACUAUAUAAUAAAAGCUAUAUUAAUUGCUCAACAAUGGCUUUGAAAGAUCUAUUGUUUGCUACUAUACUUUUUCUACUCGCCUGGAGUGAUUUCACUACGGCACGUAUAUCGGAGGAGUUGAAAGUCCAAUUACCACACGGUGGGGUGCUGGUGGGGCGUCAUUGGACCUCGCAUAAGGGGCGACAUAUACGUGCCUUCAUGGGCGUGCCCUUUGCCCUGCCGCCUGUGGGCAAUUUAAGGUUUAAACCACCGGUACCGUAUGGUUCUUGGUCUGGCGAGCGUCUUGCGAUAAGAGAUUCAGCGCCAUGCAUACAUCGCGAUCCAUUCACACGUCAAACAGAAAUCGUUGGCAGUGAAGACUGUCUUUAUCUCAAUGUCUAUACGCCAGAGAAACCGCGAACAUCGAAACCCUUACCGGUUAUGGUUAAUAUUCAUGGUGGUGGUUUUAUUAGCGGCUCAGGCAUAUGCAGCUACUAUGGGCCCGAUUAUUUACUAGAUCACGAUAUAAUAUUGGUUUCCGGCAACUAUCGUUUGGGUCCACUCGGUUUCCUAAGCACGGAGACUUUGGAUUGCCCCGGCAAUUUCGGUUUAAAAGAUCAGACGGAGGUUUUACGUUGGGUACACAAUAAUAUUGCCGCUUUCGGUGGUGAUCCGAAUAGUGUAACGAUUUUUGGUAACAGUGCUGGCGGUGCAAGUGUUACAUACCAAUUGGUAACGAGCCUGUCGGAAGGACUCUUCCACAAAGCCAUAGUUCAGUCUGGUGCAUAUUACAAUCCCUGGGCGCAGCCAGAACAUAAAGGUGUACCGGCAAAACGUGCACGGAAGGUCGCACAACUGGUUGGCUGUAAUCCCGAGGAAAAUUGGCAAGCCAUACUGCGCUGCUUACGCAACAAAGAAGCCAGCGAUAUCGUUGCUACACUCUAUGAGUUUUUCGAAUGGGACUUUGACCCCAUGGUACCAUUUCAACCUGUCGUUGAGCCUCCUCAUGAGGGUGCAUUCCUUACAGUUCUACCUCGCGAUGGCGGUAUGCCACAUGGUUUCUCAUUACCACUAAUGAUUGGUGUUACUUCGGAGGAAGGUUUACUGAAAAGUGUGCCCUUACUUACUAUACCUGGUCUCUUGGCUGAUUAUAAGAAUCAAAUUAAACAGAUUCUACCAAUUCAACUGCAAUACGACCAUCACACACCGGAAGUUCGAGAUGAGAUCACACGUGAAAUAGAGCAAUUUUACUUCAAAGAGGGACAUAACUAUGACAAAUACCAUCAUCACAAUUUGACAGACCUUUUAUCUGACGCGUGGUUUAUAGCUGGUAUCGACGAGUACAUUAAGCAGCGUGUAGAAGCGCAGAACUCAAAUCAGUUACCGCCCUUUUAUGUAUACAUCUUUGAGCACCGCAGCCCCUCUAGUUUCUCCGAGCUUUUCGGCGACAGUGACGAUUACUUCGGUGUCUGCCAUGCGGAGGAACUGCAAUAUCUCUUUCCGUUGGGUCUUAAUCUAUUCGUAACCUCAUCACCCACCGAGAACGACAUUGAAUUGCGUGAGGCCUUACUGCAAAUGUGGGUUAAUUUCGCUAAAAAAGGUAAUCCAACGCCUUCAGAUUCUAACUUAACACCCUGGGAACCCGUCACGGGUUAUCCUGUUAAUUAUGCACGUUUGGGCCACAAGACACCCGAAGAAUUUACUGUACUACAAAUGGAAAGUAAUAUUUAUGCCGAUCGUGCUAAUUUCUGGCGACAACUCAAAGCUCACAUUCCAGCCGAACAACGGGCGAAGAAAUUACGAGACGAAUUAUAAAGUGACUUGAUACCUUUGUUAAGUAUCACAAUUUCUAUGUCCUAUUAAUCGAUAGUCUUUCUUAUAUAUCGAUAACAUUUUUUAUGUAACUUUAGCUGUGUGGUUCUUGGGUUUCAAUAAAUUAUAUUCGAUGAUGUUAAUAA